UGUCCCAUUACUUGCAGUCCGCGCGCAGCGGCAGACCGGUCCACCAGGAGCUCUGCGCUCGCGCCGCUGGAAUCGGUCGGCACUUUGAUCCCAGGCGCUCGCGGCGCAGAUGUCAGCCGGAAGGAGAGACUGAGCCAUGGAGGAGAGCCAGAGGAUGGAAGCCUGGCUGGAUGACCACCGGGACUUCAGCCGCUCCUACUUUGUCCGGAAGGCGUCAAGGGAGAUGGUGAACGCCUGGUUUGCUGAGCGUGUCCACACCAUCCAGCCGUCUGUGUCCAAGGAAAACUCUCCACAGCAGCGAAGCCACCAGUCCUCCUUGGAUCUUUGCCCAUCUUCUAACUCCCCCAUCCUCCCUUCAACACUCACCCUCAUGGACACCCGCUGCCCCUCCCCAGCCACCGUCCCAAGCCCGGCUCCUGGUACCCCGACCCGUAAAAUCUCAGCCUCUGAGUUUGACCGGCCAUUAAGACCCAUCGUGGUUAAAGACUCGGAGGGGUCCCUGACAUUCCUGAGCGACUCGGAGCGGGAGCCCGUCCCUCUGUGUGGUUCAGUGAUGGAGGACAGUGGGGGCAGUGGAGGUCGGGCGGGGGACCGCUGCACCAGGCUGCUGGAGCUGGUGAAGGAAGUAUCAAGUCAUCUGGACGUGACGGCGCUUUGCCAUAAGAUCUUCCUGCAUAUCAACGAGCUGAUUGCUGCGGAUCGAUACUCCCUCUUUCUGGUGGGUGAAGAUAGUUCCAACAGGAAGUUCUUGGUCAGCCGGCUGUUUGACGUUGCUGAGGGAUCCACAUUGGAGGAAUCGUCCAGUAGCUGCAUCCGACUCGAGUGGAACAAGGGGAUAGUUGGACACGUAGCCUCCACAGGACAACCGCUCAAUAUCAAGAAUGCAUAUGAGGAUCCAAGAUUCAACGCUGAGGUGGACCUGAUCACCGGCUACAAAACUCACAGCAUCCUCUGUCUCCCCAUCAAGAACCACCGAGGAGAGGUCGUUGGAGUGGCUCAGGCUAUCAACAAGAAAUGUGGGGAGAAUGGAGCCUUCACCGAACAGGAUGAGAAGGACUUCUCUGUCUAUCUGGCCUUUUCAGGCAUCGUUCUGCAUAACGCUCAGCUGUAUGAGACCUCACAGCUGGAAAUCAGACGUAACCAGGUGCUGUUGGACCUGGCCAGCCUGAUCUUUGAGGAGCAGCAGAGUCUGGAGGUUUUACUCAGGAAGAUCGCCGGCACUAUUCUGUCCUUCAUGCAGGCGGCGGCCUGCACCGUCUUCAUCGCUGGCGAAGACUCCAUGAAUUCCUUCUCCAGCGUGUUUCACAUGGAACGGGAGGAGCUGGCUAAAGUCCUGGACGCCCCCCAGAGAGACUGUGAUGUCAGUCAGAUAAACUACAUGUACGCUCAGUACGUCAAAAACACCAUGCAGACUCUCAACAUCGCUGACGUCACCAAGGACCAGCGCUUCCCAUGGACGUGUGAAAGCUCCGAUCAGCCCAGCGGCCGGAUCAGAAGCCUGCUCUGCACUCCUAUCAGGAAUGGCAAAAAAGACAAAGUCAUAGGUGUGUGUCAGCUGGUGAACAAAACAGAUGAAACUUCCAGCAGCAUUAAGGCGUUCAACAGAAACGACAAGCAGUUCUUGGAGGCCUUCGCCAUCUUCUGUGGUCUCGGCAUUCAGAACACGCAGAUGUACGAGACGGUGGAGAGGGCCAUGGCUAAGCAGGACGUCACCCUGGAGGUUCUGUCCUACCACGCCUCCGCCACUGAGGAGGAAACCAGGGAACUCCAGGUAACCGCGGUGGCCACAGUUCCUUCGGCUCAGUCACUGCGUCUCCUGGACUUCAGCUUCAGCGACUUCGAGCUGUCGGACGCUGAAACCACACUGGCUACGAUCCGCAUGUUCAUCGAUCUCAACCUGAUCCAGAACUUCCAAAUGAAGUACACGAACUUGUGCCAGUGGGUUCUGAGUGUUCGGAAGAACUACAGGAAGAAUGUGGCCUACCACAACUGGAGGCACGCGCUGAACACGGCCCAGUGCAUGUUCGCCUUGCUGAAGUCUGGACGCUUCCAGGACUUCCUGACCGACCUGGAGAUCCUGGCACUAAUGAUUGCGACGCUCUGCCAUGACCUGGACCACCGAGGGGUCAACAACUCCUACAUCCAGAGGAGCGAGCACCCUCUGGCUCAGCUCUACUGCCACUCCACCAUGGAGCAUCACCACUUUGACCAGUGCCUCAUGAUCCUCACCAGUCCGGGGAACCAGAUCCUCAGCGCUCUCUCUCUGGCCGAGUACAGGAGCACCCUGAAGAUGAUCGAGAAGGCCAUCCUGGCCACGGACCUCGCCCUCUACAUGAAGAGGCGGGAGGAGUUCUUUGAGCUCACCAAGAACAACCAGUUUGUUUGGGAGGAUGAAGAUCACAGGGAGCUUCUGAGGGCGAUGCUGAUGACUGCAUGCGACAUCUCUGCCAUCACCAAACCGUGGCCGGUGCAAAAACGGAUCGCUGAGCUGGUGGCCGAGGAGUUCUUUGAGCAGGGGGACAAGGAGCGCCGGGAGCUGAACAUCGAACCCAUCGAUCUGAUGAAUCGGGAGAAAAGAGACAAAAUUCCAAGCAUGCAGGUUUCCUUCAUCGAUGCCAUCUGUGUCCAGCUAUACGAGACCCUGGCUGGCCUGUCGGAGCACUGCUGCCCUCUGCUGGAGGGCUGCCAGAACAACCGGCAGCACUGGAAGCGUCUGGCUGAGGGCCGCGAGAAAGACCCGCUCAACGGCCUGGACUGAAGACCAGCCGGCCCCCGAUCCUCCCUGCUGCCCCCGAUCCUCCCUGUGGCCCCUAUCCUCCCUGUGGCCCCUAUCCUCCCUGUGGCCCCUGAUCCUCCCUGUGGCCCCGGAUCCUCCCUGU